AUGUCGCCGAUCAAAGGCACCCCGGCCCCUCCGCCACAUAACAUAUCAUUGCGAAAUACAACGACGACAGUCCCGGACGGGUUCCGCUCACUAGGUCAUGUGGCGCACAGCAAGUACCAGUCGCUGCUGAAGCUAGCUUCCCCGCAGCGGUUCCGCCUUCUGAGUUGCGACGACUUUCUUGACUCCUCCAGGUCGCCGGACGUCCAGAUCCUCGAGGGGCCCGCACCGAAAAGCAAUCUACAUCCGGCGGAUUCCGCCAUCGGCAGCGCUAGAUAUGCCGUGCUCUCGACUUCGUUCAUGGGUUUCAAAGAACCGGAGCCGUACAAACUGCCUAUAUGGCUCCUCAAGCUCGUAUGCCAUGCCGCCAAAGCCAGGAACGUCCAAUACCUCUGGUUCGACAAGGCGUGCGUGCGCCCCGCAGCCAUGGACGAAGGCGGCGACGACUGGAAGUGGCACGCAACGCACAUGGGCGACAUAUACAGUCUCGCCAAGCUUUGCAUCGUCGUCCCCACGCACCCUCUGACUGCCGGACCAGACCUUCUAGACAUCAAUACCGCUUCGGUACCGCCACACGUCCACAGUGGGUGGUCUCUUCUCGAGAUGUGCUGUGCGGAGGAGCCGACGGACCUCUGUGAGAAGGCCGUCGUUCUUCAUAGAUGGGAUCACGGCCCCGGGAGAUGGGAAAUUGCGCAGGAUGGGGUCCUGGGGGAAUACCAAAGGAAAGGUAUCAGCGGCCCAGCAGAAACCUUGACGGUCCUCACAAUCGACGGAGCAUCACGUUAUGCCCUCUCUCCGUUGCCCUACCUUCUAGAUGGAGCACUCAACGGUCUGCAAUUUGAGCCAAAGGCCGAAGAAUCUCCGGUACAGAUGUUCGACCCUCAGCUGUUAGGCGCUACCACACGAAGGACGUCACCCUCCACAGCCCCAUACGGCGUCAGGCCCGCAUCAGACCAUAAGUGCGAUGAUUGCAUUGGCCUUCUCCUCGACAUUAUGAAAACACGAUUCGAGUAUCAUACCGCCGAGGAUUUGGAACGCGCCGCCGCCAAUUCGCAACAAACGACCGACUGUCCGAAAGACUCAACGGUCGUUCUUCCGAAAGGGGCUGCUACCGCCAGGGAGAAAUUCGUGGAGGCGCUCCUGCUCUGCGCAUUUACCCGCUACUACAGCAACCAAGAGGACAUCUCGACAUACGAUAGCGAUAGACUUUCCUUGCCCCGUAUACGCUCGUUGUACUCUCGGAAGGAGAAUGAAGCGGCGCGGAUGCAGAUGAGCAACACGCGAUCGGGCCUGGAGGGCUCGCACGCGGGCGCCACAAAACGAUCCAGGCCGGGCACCUAG